AUGGCUCACAACAACUCAGUGACUGCUGGUGAAUCCUUAAUGCGAAGCAUUAAUUCCCAGGUCAUUUUAGUUCAAGUUUUUGUAGCCCUUUUCCUGUGCAUCAACUUUUUGCUAAUCACAACCUUUUUUAUGAAAGAUUUCUUCUAUACAACCAUGCGUUACAUCUUAUUUGCGAAUGCAUUACUGUCUGAUAGUCUGAUCUUGAUUCUAACAAAUGUCUUGCUCAUCUUUUGUUAUUUUCAGAUGACCAUGCAAAUAUGGCUGUGUCUCAUUAUCUACACUUUGUCAUCUAUAUAUACUUUAGUCACACCAGUUACUUUGACAGCAAUGACCCUGGAGCGCUAUGUGGCCAUUUGCAUGCCCCUGCACCAUGGAGAGCUGUGCUUCACUCGCAACACUAUGCAUUGUAUCCUCAUCAUUCACUGCCUCAGCUCUGUACCCUGUAUUGUUGUUCUCUCCAUCUUCUUUGCAUCAGCUUCUCUUAGCUUAUACAAACAAUACAAGAUGUGCAAUGUGGAGUUGUUCAUCUUAGAGACUUGGCAGAUUUAUCUUCGGUCAGCAAUAAAUCAGUUUUAUUUCUUGAGCAUGUGUAUCAUCAUUAUAUUCUCCUAUGUUAAAAUCAUGAAAGUGAUUACAGCAUUAAAACAGUCUAUAAUGACAUGA